CAAAAAAGAGACCUUUCUCGCUCGACGCCACACUAUGCUCCGCUUCAACAAAUGAGAGUUUUCGGUGGAACCGGUGAACCACGCGAGCUGGUUAGAUGCGUGGGGCAGAGGGCUCGUAGUACCUGAUAGCGCAGCUAUGCAGUGGAAGGGAAGGAGCCUAAAUCGACCCCCUUCUUUCUUUUUUAUUCAAAGACACAAAAGCAAGCACAGUACAAAGAGAUUGGACUCUCGGAUGAGACUAAGCAGCUACCGUUCCGACGCGCCCCUGACCCUAUCUUGAUUCAAACCGAAAACCCUCUCUAAGGUGGAGCCUAGUUGAAGCUGUCAUUCAAAGAAUAAAUGGGAAUCCAAAUCCACUUUUAGGGAUAUAGAUGAAGUCUCGCUCAGUAAAGAGAGUUGUAGAUUCGUAGAAGAGGAUCAGAGUACGCGCGCUACAAAAGGCAGCUAGCCAAUGAAAGUAAGUGGAAAGAAUAUAGUACUUUUGUACUGACCCCUCCGGGGCCCCCGGUUGUUUUGGCGCGCCCUACCCCAACGUUAGACUAUUGCCUUUUUAGCCUACGCUUGCUGCUUGCAGCAUGGAUUCGAUAGAUCUAUCGAAUCCAUGCUUCCCCCGCCCCGAAGCGAGACUCUAUCCAGAUCUCAAAGAAUAACGAGCUAGGCGGCCGGCGGGCAAAGAAAGGGGGCGGGGCGUUUACUUGAAAAUGACAACCGCCUGUUCCAGCAGCGGGGGCCUUGCACGAAAGCAAACCUACGAUUAAGUAGCAGUUGCUUUCGCUGAUGGGCCCAGUGAGGGGGGCAUUGUCCCUCAGUUCUUACCAACCUCAGGUGUGUACAUCUAACUUAUUAUCUUCUUUUUUCAUGCAAGCCUGACCUCAGCUGUCCAUUUCUUAUUCAUUCAGGGCGCCCCUAGUGGACUUGGCGGUGCUCCUUUCUCAAACCAGAACAACUCUGAACGUUAGGGAAAAUAAGGGAAGACCACCUGAGCGAACCGACCGAAGGGACUUUACUUAUCCGAACCGAACGUUAGCGGCUUAAGCUAAGCCUAUCACGAGCUGCGUUGCUGCUUGAUCGGCGGGGAGGAAGAUCUCAAAGUAUGGGGCAAAGGAUCAAGCGCUUUGACUUUGCUUUGUCCCCCGGGAUCCACCACAUGUUGGGUUUGAGAGCCGUGUGAUGGGUGACUAUCUAGCACGGUUCAGAGAGCACAUGUAUGUAGUCUGCGCUAGUGAAUGGAAGCCCCCGCCGCAAAAAAGAAGCGGCUCUUCCCACGGCUCUGUCACCAUUGACUCUAUUUAUUAUUAUGGUAAAUCAUUGUAUCAAGAUGUCAAUCUUAGAUCUUAUUUUAGUUCGAUACGUCCACCUACGAAACUCGCCCUUGGCUUUCGUCUCGGUAGGUGUAUUAUUCUACAUUUUCCCAAAAGGACAUUCAUUCAUUUCUUUCUUCCCGGGCGAUCACCACGACUAAAACGAAAACAAGACAAGAAAUCAAGACCCGUACUACAGGAAAAGGGCUGGUGGCCGACAUUUGGGAAAGUCGGGCCGAUCGGGUGUCUUCAUUCAAGCGAGGGUACAGAGGAAGAACGAAACGAAGUGAGAGGCCAGGGGGCAGGGAAAAGAGUCGAGUCGAUCGACCGGGAGAAGCAAAACGAAAUCCGGAUUUGGCCGAAAAAGAUGCAACGUUAUGGAUACCAUGACCGAUCACCAUCGAGAAAGAAGAAUUUGGAUAAAUCACUUCGGGUGAGCGGGGCCUUCAAGCGGCCUCAAUACGCCGGGGUUGUAAAUGACAUACCUUUCCUUAUGGGAAAUGCCGCCUCCUUACUAAAAAGGAAUAGAAUCCAGUUAUUUUUACCAAAGAAGUCCCGCUCUGACGGCCCGACGAGUCAUCUACUAAAAAGGACCCUCCCCGCUGUGCGCCCCUCCUUGAAUUAUUCGGUCAUGCAAUACUUUUUUAAUACUAAGAAUAAAAUGCAUUUCGACCCCGUCCUAGUUCUCAAUCAUUUCGUGGCACCGGGUGUGGCUGAACCAUCUACGAUGGGGGGAGCGAAGGGAGGAAGCUUAGAUAAGAGAAUACGCUCUCGCAUCGCUUUUUUUUUAGAAAGCUCUACCAGCGAUAAAAAGUGUUUGGCCCGAGCCAAAAAGAGGUUGAUCCACUUCAUUCGCCAAGCGAAUGAUCUUCGCUUCGCGGGAACAACAAAAACCACCAUAUCGCUCUUUCCUUUCUUCGGUGCUACCUUCUUUUUUCCAAGGGAUGGGGUUGGGGUGUAUAAUAACCCUUUUUUUGAGUAUGCCCGGAAACAACUCCUAGCUCAAUUUAGGAUCAAAUGUAGGAACCUCAUGGGUAAGGAUAAGGUAAUGGAAUUGAUAGAGAAAUUCAUAGACCUAGGUAGGAUAGGAAAAUUGAUAAAGGGAAUAGAGAUGAUGAUAGAGAUCAUACCGAGAAAGAGGAUAAUUCCGUACGGGUACAACUCUGAUUUGAACGAAGUGCUAAAAAUGCGAUCUUUUUUGUCUAAUAGAACAAACACUAAUACCUUAAUUGAGUCGGUAAAGAUCAAAUCUGUUUAUCAAAGUGCUUCUCUGAUUGCUCAAGACAUCUCUUUUCAACUGAGGAACAAUCCAAUCUCAUUUCGUUCCAUUUUUAGUAAAAUAGUGAAGGAUAUUCCAUUAAUAAUGCCAAAAGGGGUGGAGGGGAUACGUAUUUGUUGUUCUGGUCGAUUAGGGGGUGCGGAAAUAGCUAGAACUGAAUGCGGAAAGUAUGGAAAAACAUCUUGUAAUGUAUUUAACCAGAAAAUCGAUUAUGCUCCUGCGGAAGUAUCUACUCGUAACGGAAUUUCAGGUGUCAAAGUGCGGAUCUCAUAUAGUCAAAAUAAGAAGGGACGUGCUAUAUCCGAAACGUACGAAAUAUAGUAAAUAUUUUAAAUGCAGAUGUAGUAGGGGUCGCGAACCGGAUGGUACACAACUUGGUUUUGGAAGAUAUGGCACCAAAAGUUGUAGAGCUGGUCGUCUUUCAUAUCGAGCCAUUGAAGCAGCGCGUCGGGCUACAAUCGGACAAUUCCAUCGUGCUAUGAGCGGACAAUUCCGAAGAAAUUGUAAGAUAUGGGUAAGAGUUCUCGCAGAUCUUCCUAUUACGGGGAAACCCGCAGAAGUUCGAAUGGGAAGAGGAAAAGGAAAUCCGACGGGUUGGAUUGCUCGUGUGUCCACGGGACAAAUCCCAUUUGAAAUGGAUGGUGUGAGUUUGUCAAAUGCUCGACAAGCCGCUAGAUUAGCGGCGCAUAAACCAUGUUCGUCAACCAAGUUUGUUCAGUGGUCGUAACGUAAUUGGUUAGUGGGGAAAAACCGGGCCGGGACUCAAAAGAAUUUGGCGAAGUGUUUGUUCCUGAACGAGGGAAGUGGAAAGACAAAGAGGGAUAGGGAGCUCGCCUCCUUCUUUUUUGUAAUCGCCGAAAUUGUACGACGACCCUUCUUGUUCCAGGCAUACGACCCUGAGACGUGACGGUGUCACUUUUCUGGCCCGGUAAAGUGACAGUUAUAUAAAUAAGAAUAAGAAAGAGAAGCGUGAUGUUGUCGUGUUGUCAGCAAUCAAAUUCUCGUAAAUAGAUAGUACGGUUGCGUUGUUUCAAUUUCUGUUCGUACUCUGAUUGCUGUGGCUGCAGCUCGAUCUUGGCAAAUCUCUCAAAUGGAUGUAAAAAAUGCUUUCCUUCAUGGUGAUCUACAUGAGUUUUUUCUAUAUGCAGCCACCUCUGGGUAUUGAAGUUC